GCCAACAUGACAGAAGUCAUUAUUUUAUAAUUUUCGGUAGAUUAUUUUCUAAAAAUGAAUAUUUAAAAUUUUAUUGCAUCUAACACAUUUGAGUGUCAAUAUUAAAUUUUAUUUCAUUAAAACAUGGGAAGCAGCCAAAGCAAAUUUAAACCAGGACCCCAUGAUUGUUGGCAUAAGAUGAAAGUGAUCGGCGGCCAACCCAAAUUUUUGCAAUGCGCUUUGCAGGCUAUAGUGGACCUCCAUGAAUCAACAGGAUCUUCCCAAGGAAGAAUAAUUGACUACAUCCAAGGUGUUAUCAAUGCCAAACAAAUACGUCCAAGGCCACGAAACAUUGCUAUGCAAAUAAAACGAGCUCUAAAGUACGCUACGCAAAACGGCAUGGUAAAUCAUCGUGGAGGAAGAUAUGUGAUGGCACUGUCUGACAAGGACUUUGCCAUUUUCAAAGGUCUUCGACCAAAAGAUCCCAUUAAAGUGAAUGUCAAGCCUAGAAAGAUAGUACGAACUCCAAAAAAAUCAAAACGCCGUCAUCCAAAUAUAACAAAAAGUAUAAAAGAUACAGCAGUUUAGACUAUGAUGAUUCUUUGGAAGACGCUCGCAUAAAAAGUAGAAAACGAAGAAGAACCUAUAAAGACGAAUUUUACUCCACUUCGGAUCUAGAUAGUCUCAGUAGUUUUAGUGAUGAUGAGUCGCCUAUAAGAAAGAAAAGUAAAAAGAAUUUGGUUAAAAGCAAGAGUAAAGAGUGUGAUAAUUGUAUAAAGAAGGAAACUGAUUUAGAAGUUAAAAAAACAGAAAACCACAAGUGCACAAAUAAUAUCGUUUAAAGCCAAUAGUAAUGAAGGUAAUAAUAAUGUAAUCAAAAAUAGUAAGGAAGAAGUUAAAAAAACAGAAAGUAAAAAAAAUACAACGAAUAAAUCUGAACCUACCAGCACAGAAGGUAAGAAAGAAGAUAAUAUUAAAAAGAACGAAAAUGAAAACAAGCCUACCGUGGAAGUUAAAAAACCCAAGGAACGCAAAAAACGGACAAAAAAGAAAGUUACCACUGCGAAUACAGAAGGUGAUAACAGUGUAAAAAAUGUACCUGAUAAGACAUCUGAUACGAAAUAAAUUGUCAAACAAUA